AUGGGGUGGGGAUGGGUUUAUGGUUUCCCAUCCUUAUAUCCGAUUCUCCAAGUUUGGUUUUGUUCUGUUGUUCGGCUUGGCUGUGAGAAGAAAAGUUUUUCUUUGGUUGAGAAGUUUCUUUUGGAGUUUUCUUUUGCUCCGUUGUUGGGUUUGACUGUUGUUAACUUUGGUUUCCAGUGGUUGAGGUGGCUUUGCGAUUAUAAAGUUAUGGCAUGUGUUGCUAAUAAAAUUAAGUUGAUAGAUGGAUCAAGGGAAGCUCUUAAGCUUUCUAUAAGGAUCACUGAUCUUUGGUUCAUUGGGAUUCCCAAAAAGUCUGAACAAGCCGAAAUGGUGGUUGUUGAUUCUGAUGGAGAUGAAAUCCAUGUUGUUUGCAAACAGGAUCAGUUGAAGUCUCACAAGGUUGGUUUGAAGGAAAAUUUGACUUAUGUGAUGCAUAAUUUUAAAGUUAUGAAGAAUGACGGGAAAUUCAGAGUUUGUGAUCAUGAAUAUAAAUUAUGUUUUACUAGAGUUACUGUUGUUAGGCAAUCUGAUAUGGAACACUUACCUUUUAGGAAAUUCAAAUUUGUUGAUUUUUCUAGUGUCAUUGCUGGUCAUUUUCAAACUGGACUCUUGGUUGAUGUUAUUGGCGUGGUUGAUGAAGUGAUAUUCCGAUAUGUGUCAUCGAAAAAUACGAGGGUUGUUUUCAAAUUAAAGGAUUUGAGUGGACAGGUGCUAUCCUGCACACUUUGGGAAAAUUACUGCUUACAGUUUUUGUCUUAUUUGAAUGAGGUUGAAGAUGAAAGGCCGAUUGUUAUUCUUUUGACACAUGCCAGGAUUAAGGAAGCGCAGGGAUCAUAUCCGCCGUCGGUCACUAAUUCUUUCAAGGCAUCUAAACUCAUGAUUAACAACCUUGUGCUGGAAAUUCAAGAAUUUAGAGAGAGCCUUUUAGAUUUAGGGAUCGAGGUUAGAUCGGUUUUGACGCCUAUUGGACAAGCGAGUUCACAGGUUUUAGGGUCAUCUCAAUUAUCAUCAAAAGAUGCAUUUCUGUCAAAGGCUGAAGUGAAAAAUAUCUCUCAGAUUAAUGCCAUUUCCGAGGUGAUGUAUAGAGUUGAAGUGAUGGUUAAUCACAAGGGUGAACAGACCAAAUUUUUUAUCUGGGACCGUGAAUGUGCACAGUUAAUUGGUCAAUCAGCGGAUGAAGUCAACAGGCUCAAAAUAGAAGAUGGCGAUGUUGAUUUAAAUGCCUCUCCUCAAGCACUAGAUAGGCUAUUGGGUUGUUUCCUUGCAUUCAAAGUGAAGGUGCAACCAAGGUUCAGGAAUUCUAUUGUUCUUAAAUAUUCAGAUGAAUCAGACUUGGUCAAUGCUGUCCUGGAUAUGCUUCCCGAUAGUGAGCCAUGUUGCAAGAUCGAGAAUUCAAUACUUGAGUCGACCGAUCCUACAGAGCUUGAAUCUCAAUUUGUGUUUGUUACCACUGAUCAUGAUCGUUCAAUGCUUGACUCAAGUGAGCCUAUAGAGCUUGAAUAUGGUAAUAUUGCAGCACAUGCCAUAAUCCUUUCGGGUUAUAAAUAUGAUUGA